UCGAUCAUGUCGUUAAGUUUCUUGCACUUUACCUUUGCAAUUCUGCAGUAAAGUACAACCAUCCUUUUCCAUACUGAAACCUCGUGGAAGUCGGACGUGUACGUGGACAAGAUGUCGCAUCGUAAAUUCUCAGCACCGCGUCAUGGUUCCAUGGCCUUUUAUCCUAAAAAACGUGCUUCUCGCCAUCAGGGUCGCAUUAAGGCAUUCCCCAAGGAUGAUGCAUCAAAACCAGUCCAUUUAACCGCUUUCUUGGCAUACAAAGCUGGCAUGACCCACAUUGUUCGGGAAGCGGAUCGUCCUGGAUCAAAGAUCAAUAAGAAGGAAGUUGUUGAAGCGGUUACUAUUCUAGAAACUCCUCCAAUUGUAAUUGUGGGGGCUGUUGGAUAUAUUGAGACUCCAUUUGGACCACGUGCUCUGUGUAACGUUUGGGCUCAACAUCUCUCAGAGGAAUGUCGUCGUCGUUUCUAUAAGAACUGGCAUUCGAGCAAGAGGAAGGCUUUCACUAAAGCUUCUAAGAAAUGGACCGAUGAUCUGGGCAAGAAGUCAAUUGACGAAAACUUCAAGAAAAUGAUUCGCUAUUGUAAAUUCAUCCGUGUCAUUGCUCAUUCGCAGAUUCGUCUGAUCAAGCAAGGACAGAAGAAGGCUCACAUUAUUGAGAUCCAACUGAAUGGAGGGACCAUUGAGGACAAGGUCAACUGGGUUAAGGAGCAUCUAGAGAAACCAGUUCCAGUUUCGCAAGUCUUUGCCAAGGAUGAGAUGAUCGACUGUGUUGCUGUUACCAAGGGUAAAGGUUUCAAGGGUGUCACUAGCCGUUGGCAUACCAAGAAAUUACCCCGCAAAACACAUAAGGGUCUGCGUAAAGUUGCCUGUAUUGGAGCAUGGCAUCCAUCGCGUGUUGCCUUCACAGUUGCUCGUGCUGGUCAAAAAGGUUACCAUCACCGAACCGAAAUAAACAAGAAGAUAUAUCGCAUAGGAGCUGGCAUUCACACUAAGGAUGGCAAGGUCAUCAAAAACAGUGCUGCCACCGAGUAUGACUUGACGGACAAAUCUAUUACUCCAAUGGGUGGUUUCCCAUUCUAUGGUGAAAUUAACAAUGAUUUUCUUAUGAUUAAGGGAUGCUGUAUUGGAGCUAAGCGACGUAUCAUUACGCUGCGUAAGUCUCUACUGGUUCAUACUAAACGAGCUUCUCUGGAACAGAUCUCGCUCAAAUUUAUCGAUACAUCUUCGAAAAUGGGACAUGGUCGCUUCCAGACACCAGCUGAUAAGAGAGCCUACUACGGUGUGCUCAAGAAAGAUCGUAUUCGUGAGGAAAAGGCCCAGGCUGCUGCUGCUGCUGCCGCCGCUAAAUCAUCAGCAUAAGAUAUGCUAAUAAUAUCUAUGUUCUAAUAAAAGAGAUAGUAUAAUCACAACAUAGAAGCUCA